AUGGAGGCGGACGCGGACCCCGAGGAGCUGGCGCGGCUGCGCUCAGUCUUCGCCACCUAUGACACGAACGGCUCGGGGCGCCUGGGGCGUGCGGAGUUCGGCGCUCUGUGCGCGGAGCUGCACGUGGCCGAGGCCGAGGCAGAGGCAGUGUUCCUGGGGCUCGACACCGACCGCGAUGGCGCCAUCACCUUCCCGGAGUUCGCUCGUGGCUUCCGCGGAGAGCUCGGUCCGGACAGUGCGGAGACCCAGGACGCCUGGGACGCGGCAGAGCAGGAGAGCCCCGGUCCCGCGUGGCGGGACUUCCACGGGCGCCUCGGGGACGAGGCCCAGCUCAUUCCCAGGAAAGAACAAGUUAGUACCUUGUACCAGAACAUCAACCUUGUGGAGCCAAGACUAAUCCAGCCAUAUGAAUGUGUGAUAAGAAACUUUCUCCGUGAGAUCAAACUUCAGAGUACAGAAAUGGAAAACUUGGCCAUUGCAGUGAAGAGAGCCCAGGACAAGGCGGCCAUUCAGCUAAGUGAGCUGGAAGAGGAAAUGGACCAGAGGAUUCAAGCUGUGGAAAAUGAGACCCGGAAAGAUGAAAAACGCAAAGCUGAGGAAGCUCUCACUGACCUCAGACGUCAGUACGAAACAGAAGUAGGAGACUUACAGGUCACCAUUAAAAGGUUAAAAAAGCUUGAAGAGCAGUCAAGACAAAUAAGUCAAAAGCAAGAUGUGACUGCUUUAAAGAAACAAAUUUAUGAUUUAACAAUGGAAAAUCAAAAACUCAAGAAAGAACUUUUAGAAGCACAGACAAAUGUAGCUUUUCUACAGAGUGAACUAGAUUCUUUGAAAAGUGAUUAUGCUGACCAGAGUCUGAAUUCUGAACGGGAUCUGGAAAUAAUCCGAGAGUACACAGAAGAUCGAAGUAAUCUUGAGAGACAAAUUGAAAUCCUCCAAACAGCUAACCGGAAGCUGCAUGACAGUAAUGACGGCCUCAGGAGUGCGCUGGAAACUACUUAUAGCAAGCUCAACAGAUCCUUGCGUAUAAAUAACAUAUCACCAGGGAACACAAUUCCUAGAAGCAGUCCCAAAUUUAAUCACCAUUCUUCUCAGCCACUGGCCUAUGAUAGGUCAUUCCAUUCUUCAUAUGCAGAUGAGGAUUGUGACUCUUUGGCUCUCUGUGACCCUCUGCAGAAGAUGAAUUAUGAAGUCGACAGCCUGCCUGAAAGCUGUUUUGACAGUGGCCUGUCUACUCUAAGAGAUUCCAAUGAGUGUGACUCCGAGGUGGACUACAAGCACCAGGGAGGACUUCAGAGUUUGCACAGAACAGAGGAGAGCCUUGGGGGAGAUGCAUCAGACACAGAUGUUCCUGAUAUAAGGGAUGAAGAAGCAUUUGAUUCUGAAAGUGUGGCUUCUGUCUUACACUGGCAGCCUCAGGGGUCUGCUGGUGAGGGCAGCAAUGUUAUUUCCUCCAGAAAGCCCAUCUCAGCUCUUUCACUUCAAACAGACAUGGUGGAUAGCACCUCCAAGUCCACCUCUCAGAAGGCUUACAAGAUUGUGCUAGCUGGCGAUGCUGCAGUGGGAAAGUCCAGCUUCCUCAUGCGACUCUGCAAGAAUGAGUUUCAGGGGAACACAAGUGCAACCCUAGGAGUUGAUUUCCAAAUGAAAACUCUGAUUGUAGAUGGUGAACAAACAGUUCUUCAGCUCUGGGAUACAGCUGGGCAAGAAAGAUUUAGAAGUAUUGCCAAGUCUUACUUCCGAAAAGCAGAUGGUGUCUUACUGCUGUACGAUGUUACUUGUGAAAAAAGCUUUCUUAAUGUACGAGAAUGGGUGGAUAUGGUUGAGGAUGGAACUCACAGAACAAUUCCAAUCAUGUUAGUAGGAAACAAGGCUGAUCUUCGUGAUGUUGCUACUGUAGAGAAACAAAAGUGUAUUUCAGCAUAUCUUGGAGAAAAACUGGCCAUGACCUAUGGGGCAUUAUUCUGUGAAACAAGUGCCAAAGAUGGCUCCAACGUGGUGGAAGCUGUUCUCCAUCUUGCUCGGGAAGUGAAGAAAAGGACAGAGGAUGAUGACAGCAGAUCCAUCACCAGUUUGGCUGGUUCUACUUCCAGAAAGUCACUGCAGAUGAAGAACUGUUGCAAUGGCUAAAGCCCAGCUGUCCUUAGUUCACAAAGUCCUUGCUUCCAGAUCACUGACUGUGGGAUAGUGGCUCUCAAAGAAGCGGUGCAUCAAAUGACACUGGCCUCUGAAGAAUCACAGGCUGCCAAAUUGUGCUGCUCUUUCCUGUUCUCAGCAACCUCAGGCUUGCUUUGCUUUAUCUCAGAGAGACAUUGGGGCUUUUUGGCCCUAUAGAUCACUAAGAGAAAAUGUGUUACUGUUUUUAAUAUGAUAUAGUAAAAUAAAAUAACAUUCUCAGAUCAAAGCUAUUGAGAAACCACUUAUAAAAUUACUUUCUAAGAAAACCUGUAGUUUGUAGUUAACCUGUGACAGUGUUUACUUAAAAUUUUGGACAAAAGAGUAUAAUUCUUUUUUUGUAUUAUGGAAGUCAGUGCUUUAAAAGAGAGUACUAGGAGAUUGGCUGUAUAUUAUAUAUUACAGCUUUUAACUAUGGCUGGUAUGAGGUAGCAUGAAUAUUAUCAUUUGGCACCUCAGCUUUGCUCUUCCAUAGCCUGAUAAUGUUGUACAUGUCUAGGCCACAUUAGAUUGGUUUCCCUCUGUAAAACCUGGAAGUUGGACUCCAGGGCCUUUUGAUGCUGAAUUCUGUAGCAUUUUAAGAAACAAGAAGGGCACAGUGAUCUGCAGUCAUGAAGGACGCUGUGAAGCCUACCUUUUGAUAUAAGGAAUUGGUUUUUCAAAUUUCUGAAGUAAAAACAGAAUUACUUGAGAAAAUGAAAAUAUUUUAUACUCCAGUGAAAAUAAAAACUACUUUUCAUGAAAAGAGAAAGUAUGUUUGAAAAAUGUAUGUAACAAAAAAAUACAAUUUCAAGAGGACUUGUUAAGUAAGUCUCUGGCUUUAAAUGAUAAGUGAAAUUUUUAGCAGAGACAUGUAUAACAUAUACUACUGAAAGAACAAUGCCACCAAAAUGUAUCUCACAUAGUGACUGCCAGAGGCUGGGGGAAGAAGGGAUUGGCACUAACGGCUAGGGGCAUGUGCCUUCUUAGGAGAAUUAGCCACAGUCUCAUAGAAUCAGCCUGGCAGUAUUCCUGUUAUAAUUUUGAGUAUGGUAAAAGCCACCAAACUCAGUAUUUGAAAAGAAUAAGUGUUAAGAAUGUGAAUUAUGUUUCACAGAAAAUAUAAUGGUAACUAAAAUAAUAACACUUUCCCAAAUGAAUAUAUUGUUGGUUGCUAUUUCACACCGUUCCUGUAACAUAUUAUCUGUAGCAUAAUGCCAGUCCCUCAACCCCUAACUUCAAGCAUUAACUUCCUUCUUGAUGAACAAUGCAAGGUUGUUAUUAGGCAUAGCUUUGUUAAGUGCUGUAUUUAAAAGAGGCUUUUAAAAAGUUGAGUCUUUUCUUUACAUAAGGUAGCUUGUGACUGCUCAUCACUAGUUUUUUUUUUCUCCUGGAACUUGCAGUGCCUUCCAUUCCUCCUGAUAAAAAUGUCUUCCAAGAGUCAGAGGCUUCACUAAAAAAACAUGUUUCCAGUAGCGUGAACCAAUUAGAUUAUUUUUAGUAAGAGACAAACAUCUUGGUUCAUAUAGGUCUAGGCUAUGAAUAGCUUAUACAGAACACAAGUAAUUCCUGUUACUUAUCUAAGUUGUAUAAUGUAUGUUCAAAACUUCUUUUUGUUGAACUAAAACAGGUGCUUGGGCUAGCAAAGUGUCUCAGGAAGUAAAAGUAUUUGUUGAACAAGCUUGCCAACCCUAAAUUGGUAUCUGAACCCACAGUGGAAGGGCAGAUCUGUCUCCUGAAAGUGGUUCUCUGAUCUUCACAUGUUUGUUCUAGUGACCAAAUGAUAUGUGCACAAACAUACACAGAGUAGUAGUUAUAUUUUUUAAGUAACACUUCUUUAAGCAACCCCUCCUGGGCUUUUGAUUUGUCAUCAAACUUUAAAUUGCUCCAGCUUUUUUUUUUCUAAAUGGGAACUGACUAGAUACAUUCACAUAAA